UGUGACAUCUAGUGUAGUAUUUUCUAGAAUGAAACAUUUUAGUGGGGCUCAAUCUAAUAUAAAGGCCACCAGUAUUUAUAAAAAUAUUAUAUAAAUUGAUUUAUAAAAAUACAUUUUUAAAAUAAUAUAUAUAUAUUAAAAAAAAUUGAAAAUUUUCAAAUAUAGGUAUACUAAUUAAAUGUACAAUUUUUUUGUUUAUUUAUUUUGGUUAUACUUGUAUCAUUUUGUUUUGCAUAAUUUUCAGGUUUAGUUCUGAUACUAUACAAAUAUUUUUUUCGAAAAAAAAAAUGAAUUGGGCUCUCGUUAAUCAGGCCCGGCUCGGUUUGCAUGCAUGCAAUAAAAGAUUUUUGUAUCGUUUGGACUGUAUUUUUGUCAAAUUUAAAACCUAAACUAGAUUUUUCCUAGUCAAGAAACCAACGUUUAAUAUAUAAAACGCUGCGUUUAGUUCUUUAAAAGAGACGACGAAUACGCGCGUUUUGAAGUUGGUUUAUAAACGGAAAGUUUCAGAGGUGAGAGAGUCUGAGAAGACGAAGAAGGAAACAAAGAAAGCUUUGCGAUGGGUGAUGGUGAUCAUAAACCUCCGCCCACGACGGAGGAGAUUCGCCAGAAAAUGAUCAGCUCCUUUACUGCUGAGAUCACAUCUUCUUCGAGAGAAGCCGCUAUACUCAUUCUUGAAGCUCAUCAAUGGGAUAUCGCCGCUGCAGUCUCCGCCUUCAGAGACGCCGUCGUCGCAGCAGCCGACGCUGCCUCCACCGCCAGGGAAAAUGCUCAUUCUACGAUACGGUUGCGAUCACCACGGUCUCCUUCUCGUGCCUUCUCUCCUAGCGAUGGGAACAUCCUCAGCGACUCCGAUGAAAAAGAGUACGACGAUGCUAUGGAAUCAGAUGAUGUAGACAGAGAUCUACCAUCAUCAUCAUCAUCAUUAGCAUCAUUACCAAGAAGACUAAAGUUCAGAAGCUUAAGCGAAAUUCUUUCAGUUACUCCACAAGUGAUCCCGCGCACUGUCACUAUCUGGAGGAAUGGUGUCACUGUCGAUGAUAAUCCAUUAAUCACAUUGGAUGAUCCGAAAGAUGCAGAGUUUCUCAGGGUCAUAGAAAGCUUGGACUCACCACGUGUACUCGAUUCGCCAUGUGGCAAACGGCGUGCCGUUAUCACACUCAUUAGGCGUCAACAAGAAGACUUCCCUGAUUCAUCAAAUCCAUUCCAAGGAGUUGGAAGAACUCUAGCCGAGCCAGACUCUGUGCCACCAGCUUCAUCCGACUCACUGACCACAGAAGCAACAUCAUCAAUCGAUCCCACAGCGCCAACGACCUCGAUCAAGGUCAUAUUAGCAGACGGCACCCCCAUUGUCUCCCGGUUCACUACUACUCACCAUACCAUCAGAGACGUUCGAGACUUCAUUGACGCUGCUAGACCAGAUGCCUCCAGAGACUACCAAUUACUCAUCAUGGGGUCGUCUCCUCCUACACCACUGACGACUGACUUAGACCAAACUAUCGAGCAAGCUGGCAUCUCCAACGCUGUUCUCACUCAGAAGUUCUAGACCUUCCUCUUAUGCACAUAAAAGAUCUUCGUUAGGUUACUACACAUGUUGAUAUCAUCAAAAAACACUUUUCUGUUGUUUUGACUUGCUUCUCUCCAGGCUAAAAGACUUUCAGGUGGUUAACCCUUAAUAAAAGUGUUUGCAAGUAUUACAA